AUGAGCCUACUCAAUCAGUCGCGAAGAAGACGCCGGGAGUUUACCGUAAGCUGCCCAUCCAUCUCUUGUGGGUUUGUCUCACUCUCGGGCAGUCAGGCUAAUGCGGUAUCCAGGGAUGUUGGCGAUGCCGGGCCCGCAAAAUCAAAUGCGACGAGAAAGAACCAUGCUCGGCUUGCGAGAGGCUCGGUCUUCCAUGCGAUCAAUCUACGGCUCGACUGGUGUGGCUACGGCCGGGAAAUCAGCACUCAUAUCGAUCCAACGGGCGACGAGAUAUGCAUUGUGGUGGGUUUGCAGGAGAUAGAGCGAACAUGGGAUAACAUCCCUAUCUUCUCGUCGGACUGGAUAGAUCUACUUAUUGCCGAAUGCGAUGACACUGAAAAACCGUCUUCUCGUCGCGGGCGACUUGCCGUCGAAUACAACCCCUUUUCCGUGUUCCCUGUCAUAUCAACUGCGAAGCAGCGCCGACGUCCCUCAUGGCCAUAUACCUUCAAUCGAGGCUGGGAAAGCGGAGGUCUGAUGCCUGCUGGGCCUCGGGAUUGUUAUCUCUUCCAUCACUAUGUCACGCACGUCGCCAUCCACAUGAUGCCAUUUGACCAUCCUCUGAACCCUUGGAAGUUGUACUAUCCUUCUGUCGCUUUGCAGCUCUCCAACCCAGAGGAAAAGGCGAUGUAUCACGCUCUCCUCGCCCAUGCAGCCUUCAGUCUGGCACAUCUGUCCAGUCCCGGCCGGAUCACAAUGGAUGCACUGGCCGUGUGGCAUUACAAUGCCUCGAUCAAACAUCUCAACCAGGUGCUUCAGUCCGUGGAACCCAACCACAGGAGCAGUACCACCUUGGCCGCGAUCAUGACUCUCAUGAUGGCCGAGGUGUACAGCGGGCAGUCAUGCAGGUGGCAUUACCAUUUGCAGGGUGCGUGGGCCCUGCUCCUAACGUACCGCAGGAAGCUCUUCUGGAACGAGUCCAAUUUCGCAUGCUUCUCCACGCAGAGUCUCCUGAUCAUCCGCAUCAUUGGCGCUACGUGUUCCUCAGCCAGUCAUAGAAGCACUCCGGCUGUAGCUGAGCCCGCUGAAGCGCAGGUGGUCUCUGCUAUACUCUCCACGAAGCAUUGCGGUUUUACUAUCGGAGCUCAGCAGACACUCCUGGAAUAUGCCUGCCAUCAGUCCGCGCAAGACCUCCACGAUCUGGCUCGCUACCAACUGGACGGCUUCACCUACGCCACUUACAUCUAUCUCUACCGAACUCUUUUGGAUGUCCCUCCACGCCAGGUAUCGCACUACGUCUCGCUAACCUUCCAGAGUCUCGCCGCCUUCCGGGGGACCAGUGACGGAAACUACUCACUGUGGCCAACGUUUAUCGCUGCAGUGGAGGCGUCGACAAGUGAUGACCUGGAGUCGGCGCGUGCAUGGCUAGAUCAGGCAACCUCCUUCGGGUUUGGGAAUCGGAUCCUCGUACGCCGAAUUGUUGAGGAGGUAUGGCGAAGGCGAGAACGACUACAUCAGGAGACGGGGCAGGAUCUGGGGCUGAUCCGUGUGGACCGCAGGCUGGUUGCGGAUGAGUUGAAUAUUGAUGUCUUGCUGGUUUAA